AUGGUUGAAGAAGAAAACCAUCAUGAGCGUCACAAACGCGACUUUGGAAUCAUACCAAUACCUGCACACUUGAUACACAAUCCGUCGGUCCCUUUUCACUUUGGGCUAACGUUGAACAUCGCAUUUGGCGUGACAUGCACAUUUGUUGUCGCCAACUUGUAUUACUGCCAGCCGCUUCUGAUCGAACUUUCAAAAUCUUUCAACGUAACUUACAGCGAAGUUUCGAGAAUACCAACGCUAAUUCAAGCUGGAUAUGCAACUGGCCUCGUCUUCAUAACACCUCUGGGUGACCUUGUUCGCCGACGACAGCUGAUUCUCAUCCUUCUAUCGGUAUCCACAUGUUUGACCAUACCCCUUGCCGUAACGAAGAAUCUCCUCGUGUUCGAAAUAUUCUCAUUCUUCAUCGGAGUAUCGACCGUUACUCCCCAGGUCCUCAUCCCCCUGGCAGCAGACCUCUCCCCAGCGAAGCGACGCGCCACAGCCAUCUCCAUUGUCCUCUCUGGACUUAUCCUUGGGGUGCUCAUUGCUCGUGUCAUUUCUGGCAUCAUUGCUCAAUACACCUCAUGGAGAGUUGUGUAUUACGUCUCCCUUGGGAUGCAAAGUCUCGUCCUCGUCGGCGGGUACCUCAUGUUGCCUGAUUAUCCUGCAAAAAACACUAGCCUCACAUACUGGCACAUCCUUUAUACAAUGGGAAGGUUCUGCAUCACGGAACCCUUGCUCAUUCAGGCGUGUCUGAUUGAAAUGGCCGUCAGCGCUUGUUUCAGCAACUUCUGGAUUACCCUGACGUUCCUGCUUGGAGGGGAUCCGUACAACUAUUCUACUUUAGUCAUAGGUCUCUUCGGGCUCGUCGGGAUCUUUGGUGUAGCGAUGGGACCUCUUGUAGGACGAGCGGUAGACAAGUUGGUUCCUUGGUAUGCAACCCUCUUGGCGAUACUCUGCUUGAUGUGUUUUCUCGCGAUCCAAGUGGGCGCGGGUGGCAUACACAUUGCAGCGGUUAUCUUCGCGACAUUUGGGCUAGAUGUAUUUGACAAUAUGAUUCAAAUAUCUCUGGCAACAGCCAUUUUCAGCAUCGAACCCGAAGCCCGAGCAAGGUUGAACGCUGUGUUUAUCUUUUCGUUGUUCCUGGGUCAAGUCAUGGGUACAUCAGCGGGGACGAAAGUGUUUGUUAGAUAUGGAUGGCGUGCAGGGGCAGCGCUGUCUCUGGGAUGGGCUGGCUGGCAGCUUUUUGUUUUGCUGCUUCGCGGACCUCAUUGCGAGUGCAGAACGUGGUUCGGAUAUGAGGGUGGUAUCGAGGCGCGUAAGGGUAAGUUGAAGGAAGAGCUCAACGACAUUGAUAUAGGUAAAGUUGAAGUUUCUUGA